AUGCAGCGCGUUUCUGCCUUCUUGCCCUCGUGGGACAGGAGGAGCUCUGGCAGCUCCAGCAAGACCGGCAGCGUCUUUGGCUGGCCCAACAGAUCGUCGCAGCCUCCGCCCCCCAAUGGCCUGUCCAAAAUCAACACCGACGCCGCCAACAGCGGCAGCCAGGGCAAGCGGGUGCAGCGAGAGGCCUUCUGGCCCGCGACGCUGGACCUGGAAUGCGACAAGGCUGCCCGCAUCCUCAAGUCUUUCUGCGUCGACGGCUAUUUCGCCCCUACCGAAACCGACGUGCCGAUGUCUCCGGCAUCUACCUCAUCGGGCACCAGGACGCUGGACUUGAUUCCCAAGAAGAUCCCUAAGCGAAUAAUGCAAAAUGCCGCUGGCAUUGCCGUCUUCACAUGCAUGCGGAGCGGCCUGUGGAUGACCGGCUCGGGCGGUUCGGGCAUUCUGAUUGCCAGGAAAUCCGACGGCACUUGGUCUCCUCCUUCAGGCAUCAUGCUUCACACCCCGACCCUCAGCUUCAUCAUCGGCGUCGAUGUGUACGACUGUGUGUUGGUCAUCACCAGUCUCUCUGCGCUCGAGUCCGUCAGCAGACCCCGCGUGACGCUCGGCGAAGAUGUUGAGCUUCGCUCUGGAGAGACCGUCGCGCUUGGCUCUGACGAGUCCGAGAUCAACUGGCGAGAGCUGGGCAACACCGUUCUGACAUACAUGAAGGCUCGAGGCCAGCAGCAGCUGGUCAACCUCCACGGAUGCAUGCUGUCCGAGCGCAGCAACGAAAACGAGCGCUUCUACAGUUCUAGCGACAUCACCCAUAUGGACAUCCUUGCCGGAAAUGUCUCUAGAGAUGUUGAGGAGACGACUGCUCUGAACGAAGUCCUCAAGAUGGCCGAGGGAAGAACCGACUACGACAGCUCCGUCAUUAACAAGGUUGCCGCUGAGCCGGCACCAAGUGACGCCCUGAUCACGGCAACCCCUCCCAAGUCGCUCUCGAUGCCCUCGUCCCCCCACACUUCGUCCCACACUUCGUUUGGCAUCCCCCAGGCGGAUGACCCCGAUCCUUUUGGCGUUCUGGCGCUGGAAAUGGCAGGCCUUGAGAUCCGGGAGGCUGGCUCUCGCAUACGCCCGACGAGUAGCUUGUUCGACAUCAACCAAGCCCCCAUGAGCCCCGUCGCUGCGUCCAAGUUUAGCCGGCAGAGCAUGGAUACCUUCGUGUCAAGGAGCAACCGGGGAAGCUACGUGUCCAUGCGGACGAUCCGGAGCCAGGUCACUGACGCCGGUACACAGACUGACACGGGCAACACACCCGCAACGUCUCCCAGCCCAGGUCCUAGCGACAGCAACGGCCGGGCUUCUCCACUUUACAUUGCUUCCGUGAAGGAGGAGGACGAGGAGCAUGAGGAGGACAAGACGGAUGAUGAGAGCUCGGAGUCGGAGUCCGUCGCCAACGUUGCUCAGCACAGGCUUUCCAGGGACGUGGCCGUUGGUCCCGACUCUGGGGAUGAAGCAGAGCUGAGCGACAGCGAUGCCGUGUCUAUUUCAGAAAGCCUUCUUCUUGAGGAAGAUGCAAUGAGCCACGGAGAGUUAAGCGAAGGGGAGGUUCUGGGUGAAGAUGAGGGUAGCGACGACGACGACCUGCACGACGACGACAUGGAAGGAGAAGAGCCCGUGGUUUUUGAAGUCGCCGCGGUCCAGCGAACCAGCACGCAGAUGCUCACCUCUCGCAUGAUCCAACCCCGGGCCAAUGUGGUGACAAUCGCCAAGCGCGUGCCCCCGCCUUUGCCGACGCGCAGCCCUGCUAGAAUGUCUCGCAUCGCCAACAAGGACGCUGCAGGCGAGGGCCUCAACCUGCAGAGCCCCCUCAGCCAGACCUAUAGCAGUGAUGGCGAUCUGGAAGACAAGGACGUCGACGCGGCCAACAUUGAUGCCCAUUCUGAUAAUGAGGAGAAGCACCAGAAGAAGGAAGAGGCUGAGCAUUCCGAUGCCGAGGAGAGCGAUGCCGCAGAAGAGCCCCGGCACAAGCCUACACACUCGGAUGAGAAGGAGGCUGAACAUCCCGAUGGUGAAGAGAGCGAUGCCGCAGCCGAGCUCCAGCGCAAGCCUGUAUCCUCGGAGGAGGAGGACAACGUCCCGGCCCACACCUCGGAUGAUGCCGCGUCGAACAACAAGAAGCACACCUCAUCCAUCUACACUGGCGUGACCGAGGACCACUGGAGCGACAACGGAUCCUCAGUUACCACGCCCACCUCUGAGCGGAGAUUCUCUCUCAUGGAGGAUAAGAUCGUUGAAGAGACGCCCAAGAAGGCGACUGAAGAAGCCAAGGAAGCUGACGAUUCCCUCGCAACACCCACCGAAGAUGCUACGCACAGGCCCGUGGUGACGGUAGCCAACUAA